AUGAUUAAUGACCAUCCACAAUAUUAUUGGUAUUUUCCUUAUGAAGAUAUUACUGAUUUUAAAAAUGGUUUUAUACAUGAAGAGUUUUGUGUAAAUAUUUGGAGAGUUAUAAUUAUCAUUUUUUUAAUACUUUUAAUAUUGUUAAUAACUUUGACUUGGUAUUUGUAUGAAUGUAAAAAAAAAGAGGAUAUUAAAAUAAAUAAGAGAAAAAAAGAAAAUGAAUGUAUUCAAAAUUUGAAACAACCAUCAUUUCAUAACUUAUCUAAGUAUCCAUUAAAAAAUUAUAAUAUUAAUCAUGUUUUGUGUAGAGAUGAAGUAACAAAAUCACCAUGUUGUUUAAAUGAUGAGGGCUUGGCAAAAUUUAAUAAUAUUUCAAUUUGUACAUCAUGUAAUGUUAUACCUAUUGAAAAUUUUUAUAAUUCAUGUACUUAUCAGUCAUGUUCACAUAAAAAUAAAAUAAAUUGCAAUUGUAUAAAUUUUCCACCUACUAUGGAACAAUGUAUUGUAGCAGAAAAAGAGCAGUAUUAUUUACCUUUAACUAGAUCAUGUAAAUGCAAUAAAAAAUGUAAAAAUAGUAAUGUUAAUGAUAAAAAAGGUAGUGAUAAAGAUAUACUACAAUUAAACAUGAAUCUUAAAGAUAUUGAAAAGAAAGAUGUUAACAUUGACUAUAACUUGGAUAAAGAAGAUGAAAAUAAAAGGGAAGAAAUUUGCAUUUUGAAAUGUUAA